AUGUCGGCCCCACUCGCUCUGAACCACGACGAAAACGUCUACCUGACCGUCACCAUCACCUCUUCCUCUCCUUUCGCUGUCAACCCCGCUGCACUGGUUGUGCAUCCCUCACUAACCCACCUCGGCAUGGUAGGCCAGUUGCGAGACGUCCAAUUGUUGAGUGUUCCGCGAGAGAGCUGGCCGAGGCUUCAGGGGGAGGUGCUCAGCGCCCUAAAUGCUCUAGACGGUGUACGCAGGGUUGAUGUGCAGGAUCCGCCAAGGAUGAGGGCAAAACGAGGGGGUGAUGAACUGUGA